GCAGACAAAAUGAACCCCAAAUUCACAUGAAAUGAAACUGAGCCUUCCUCUUCUCCUUCAGUGAAGUGCCCAAUGCUAUAUAUACACGUCUUCUCCUUCAAAGCCUCCCUAUAUUAGAGCCAAUCUAAUGGACUCAUAACUGUAUCUUCUUCUCCUUCAUUUUUCAACUUUCUUUUUUUUUUUUUUUUCCUUCAAAAUUUAUAAGUGGGCUUGAGUUAGAUUAAUUUGGCCGCUUUAUGGCCAAAGGCAGGAGGCUAACGACGAGUCGGAGUGAAAGGCUACUGGGAAGCUUUUCUUACAGUAAUGGCCAAGACACCACAGUCAACGACUCGUCGGAGCUAGCCGAGGAAGAUAUGUGGUCGAUGGUUGAUGAUGCCACUCACCGGAAUGACCAGAUUAACUAUAAUUCUCAUGGAGAGUGGAAUUCACGCGCUGAUGUUGAGAGUAACGGGAAUAUGUCUAUAAGGAGCCGCCGCCGAAUCCCUCGAGACCGAGAUGACCAGCACGUGGGAGGGUUGUCUUUGGCCUUCCAAGAUUCUUCGAGCAAGACGGCUUCGUCGAGAAUCGUGCACCAGUUAAGCGGACAUGACAACGUGGCACCAGCAGCAUCAUCUCCUCGUCACAUGGCCACGUCAGCUCCCGUGAACGUGCCGGACUGGAGCAAUAUACUUCGGGUAGACUCAGUUGAGUCAUUGCAUGAGUCGGAUGACGGAUACGAUGAUCGUGAUUCGGAGAUGGUUCCUCCACACGAGUACCUGGCGCGUGAGUACGCUCGCAGCAAGAAAAUGGGUGGCGCCUCUGUGUUUGAAGGCGUCGGAAGGACGCUGAAGGGCCGCGACAUGAGGCGCGUGCGCGAUGCAGUGUGGAGCCAAACGGGGUUUGAUGGUUAAAAAAUUGCUUAUAUAUUUUUAACGUGGGCAAUGAUUCGGCCGAGUUGACUCGGCGUUUAACUUAAUCAACUCUGUAACGAGUGAGGUCAAGCAUGAUUGUGGUUGAUGAGGAUCCUGCUCUAGUUUCUGUUGAAUAUUGGAAUUUGGAAUUCAUGCCCUUGUUUGUUAGUAGUA